AGUCAGAGCUGCAGCCGAGGAGCUCAGUUUAGUUGCAGACAACAUUUCGGCUGCAAGUCAGACCCCGCUUCUUAACACGUUUUCAUUUUUCACCUGCUCUUCUUUAUUAUCCGUAUAGCUUGCGAGAACGCCCUUCUAAUCUUAUUAUUUCACUUUGAAGCCAUAUGAUUUUGUAUUUGACUUAUUAAACCUUUUUUUUUUUGUAAAUCAUACGUAACCAUUAAAAUUAGAAUUUUAACCGACGCCAAUUUUGGGAGAAGACAGCAUCAGAGUCCGGAUCUGAUUGGACUAUAAACAGACAACAAGCAAGGACGUGCAGGAGAGAGGUCACUUAGGAGGAUGACAACAGAAGAAUUAACAACAACGAAGAGGGGGAUGAGACAGAGACUGGUAUAAAAGGAGGAAGUGGAACUUUAAAGUGCCUACUGCGCCGGGUUGUCUGCUGCUGCUGGAUAGCCGCUGCCUGACUGCUGGAUGUGAACAGGACUGGCUCGGUGUGUUUGGCCUUGAAUGGAGGCUAUAUUUUAUCCUGACAGCCACAGAGUCAUCCAUCCCACGUUGCUGAGUUGCUGCCUCCACAAACCCUGAGCUGAGCUGCCACCUCGUAUCAUCAGUACAAGGACACCUUCCCUAUAAGGUUCUGCUUUUUGUUGUUCUACAGAUAUCUACUUUAUUUUGGCCUUUCAAACAAAAGGAGCCGAACAGUGACUGCCUCAGCCUUGGCCAUGUUGACGUGAAUGUAACAGUGACUUACCCAGGGUGUUGGUUGAUUCAGGUGAAGGCACACACGCCUCGUCACAAAUCCAAGCAUGCCAGAGUGAUGUCCUCAGAGUAGCUGUUUUUUUUAUUUGAGACAGAGCUGGCCUCUGCUCACAGUCAGCCCCCUCUAUCUCACCGGGCUGAAACUUCAGCUGCCACUUUUCCCAGGAAGAGCUAAUAAACAUCCCCUAAAAUAAACCUACCGAAAGGACGUGCUGCCUAUUUGUGCUAGGGAGAAAUAUUUUUACUUCAGUUUCCUCCGUGUUUUGCUGGGGACUUUUUUUUCUUGCAUCACCAUUAGUCACCCUUGCUCUCAUCAGAGAGUUUUUCCGUCCAUCUGUCUCCACCGCUGCUCAGUGUUAGUGAGCGACUCUGAUGGCUGUAAGCAUGAACAUGGGACGGGACACCAAAUGGCUGACCCUGGAAGUGUGUCGUGAGUUUCAGAGAGGCACCUGCUCGAGGUCUGAUGCGGAGUGCAAGUUUGCCCACCCCUCCCGGAGCUGCCAUGUGGAGAAUGGCCGAGUCAUCGCCUGCUUUGACUCACUCAAGGGACGCUGCACACGUGAGAACUGUAAAUACCUGCAUCCACCACCACACCUGAAAACUCAGCUGGAGAUUAAUGGAAGGAACAACUUGAUCCAGCAGAAGGCGGCAGCAGCCAUGUUGGCUCAACAGAUGCAGUUCAUGCUCCCCGGAGCACAGUUGCAGCCCAUCACAACAUUCCCAGUGACGCCUUCCCUGGCAACCAGUCCCAGCAUGGCGUUUAGUCCGUAUCUGAGCCACAUGGGCCCAGGCAUGGGCUUGAUGCCUGAGCUGCUGCCCAGUACUCCCCUGCUGGUUCCUGGGAGUCCCACCGGCCUGGCAGCCAUGGGCAACGGCACUUCAGUACAAAAACAUGUGCGCACAGACAAGCUGGAGGUUUGUAGAGAAUUUCAGCGCGGUAACUGCACGCGGGGUGAAAGUGACUGCCGCUACGCUCACCCCCUGGAGGCUGGGAUGGUAGACUGCAGCGAAAACUCAGUCAUUGUCUGCAUGGACUAUAUUAAAGGCCGCUGCAGCAGAGACAAGUGCAAGUACUUCCAUCCCCCGGCUCACCUGCAGGCCAGGAUCAAGGCUGCGCAGCACCAGGCCAGUCAAAACACAGCGUCCACAGCUCUGGGCCUGCCUCCAGGCGCAAUGCAGGCACAUCCAAAAAGGCAGAUCUUAGAGAAGAGCAACGGAGCUGCUGCCACUGUCUUCAACCCGAGCAUGUUCCACUACCAGCAGGCCCUGGCUAACAUGCAGCUCCAGCAACAAGCCUUCAUCCCCACCGUUCCCAUGAUGCACGGUGCCACCACCUCCACUGUUUCGUCGGCUUCGACCCCAGUCACCAAUGUUCCUUUCGCUGAAUCAGCCACCUCGAAUCAGUAGACCCCUCCGAGCUUCUGACCCCCGAACCGAUGGAGCUCCAGUGCGUUCCCAUGGAAACCCAUUUCUGUCCCGUCCCCAAACUGCUGGUGGCAGCUCCAGUGGCGCUAAACUCAGUAAGCCUUUCCCGAAACCCCAGUUAAACUCCCUAGGGGCAGUUAUCUCUCUGAAUGCAGCAAACAUGUGCCUCGCCCACAGACACACUGACUGAGUGGCAGUGUGAAACUUCUAAUACAACAUUAUCACUGAUAGAAAGCUGCAAUGGUUCACGCAAUACAAGCCCAGACAAGUUACUGUUGAUUUAAAGCAGCCAUCCUGAUGCAGUGUGACCUGAUCAGGCUGAGCAAUACAGCUCCCUCCUUCUUACAGCCAUACAUGCCCUCACCUUAAAAGUGCAGCAGACAUGUGCACACAAACACACACACACACACACACACGCACACACACACACAUUCACAUUCAAGACUUACAUGCCCUUUAUGGGUUGGAGCCAUCACAUGAGGCGACCCAACAUAUUUGACUGUUCCAAAGUCAGAAACUCUUAAGAGGAUUGGACCUGUCUCUGGUCUACAACCAUCAACGUGUUGUCACAAUGAAAGAGUGUUUCAUAUCAUGUCAUGUUUACGUUUCACGAUGGCUACAAAUGUACAUUUAUUUUCUACUAUGUUCAUCAUUCAGUCUGUUCUGAUGGUCUCAUUGCCUGAUGACGAGUCAGUGAGUCAUCGAUAGUUUAUUUGUGCCUUUGAUUUAUCUGCUUGUAUGCAGAGGAGACAUAGUUUCCCCGAAUAAUUCAAAACACUAGGCAGCAUACAAUGAAAGGUGUUGUUGAGUGAAAUUUAAGGCACUAUCUGUUAUUACACAAAUAAUGUGUAUAAGCCUAUAGCUCUCAUUGUAAAAAGAUCCAAUAACUACAGUGGUUUCCACUAUGAAUUUAUGUUAUAUCAUAAACUUUAAGUAUAUUUCAUAUGCUUUCAUAGUCAGUAUCUGGUACUUACUGAAUCUUAGCAGCAGAUGAGGCAUGCUUUCCAUGCGAUGCAGCAACCUUAAACAACUACAAGCUCUCCCAAUAUGAAGCUACAAUCACUCUCUACUAAACAGACUGAGUUUAGAGGUUUUAAUCAGGUGAGGUAAGAAAACCUAUAACAAAAAAGAAGCUCAAAUGAUUAAACUAGGUUUAAAGGGUAGUGAUAGAUGUGGUGACUGACAAGAAAGGUUGGUUGAUCAUGUUUUGAAACAAUGACAAUCUGCAGGCGUUUGUAUACCCAAAUUCAAAUGUGCCUGUUCAAGUCAUCUAAAUUGCUUAUUACAAGUCUUUACUUUCUGCACAAACCCAGAUUCCCUGUAUUCAGAUCACCUAAAAUCAGGGUAAAGACAAAAUCAUCAAGUCUCAGAUUUAAAAUCUAAAAACUUCAACCUUAAACAUUUUAUCAGAUGUCGGAGCUGUUGUUGCACAAAAUGGGAGCUGGAUUUGUUUCCAGAUGUUGUGCCUAAAGUCAGUGUGUGCCAAAUGGUGGUUUAUGCAAGGAGCACCUCGUCUAAUGCAAUACCUGAAGAAUUCCCUAAAAUCAAUAUCUCCCUCUCAAAUGAAAAUAAGUCUUUUUGGAAAGGAAGUUUGUGUCUUCUCUUUGUGGCUUUGGGAUCAAAUGAGCGACUCAAGAGUUUUGUGUUUCAGGACUCUUCAGGGAGAAAGCUCAGAACUUGAAAUCAUCCUGGCUGACUUUCUAAUGUGUGGUCUUUUUUAACAGUCUGUGCAUCUUGUCGAGCUUUGGCGGCCACAGCUGUUAUUACCAAAACUGAGUUAUGGCAAAGAGUUAGUCUAAUUAUUUAAAAAAAAUACAAACCCUGUGAAAUGUUGUUUUCCAAAUGUCUGUAAGAAAUGUUCAGUCGGUGUGAAAUAUUCACACAAUGAAUUUAUAGAAACUUGGUUAAACACUUUUUAUACCCAAAUUCAAAUGUGCCUGUUUGGAGUCCACUCAAACCACCACUGUCAGUUCACUGUAUGGACAGACCAGUGCUAAAAGAGAUAAUAUGUGAAUAAUGAAUCACACCCAUUCUACUUUAUUCCCUGAGACAGCUGUGCUGUCUGCUGGCUUAUGUGAAGAGUUUAAACACUGAGUUGUGUGCACACACAGGUAUGGCAGAAAAGACAAUGGAUCACAUCUUUGUUUAGUUGUAAGUGCUGCUGAUAUGAUGGUUCUUCCCCCUGAACGUGUUUCCUUUUAAAUAAUGUUAUUGUGUGGUGAAUGUAUCUAAAGCAAAAACUCUGCACAUGCCCUUCUAACAGACAGGCAUGUCUUAAUGUAAGGAUUCACUAUCUAAAGAUUAUCUCUGAGGUCUCAUAGGUACCAUGCUGAUACUGUGUUCAAACAUAUGAAACUAUGUGUAUUGUUAUAUAGAUUUAUAUUUCAUGUUGACGGACAGUGUGACUACUUUUAGAAAUAUCUUUCGCUCAGAAAAGAUAGAUCAGAAUUGUACUUUUUGAAGUACAUAUGUACACAGUACAAGUACUAGUAUAUUACAGUACCAUGUCUUGUUUGACUGGAUUUGUACCCCUACUUUUGAAAGUGCCCAUGUGCCCAGAAUGCACCUGUAAACAUUGGACUAAUCAGUAGGCAGCAUGAUGGACAUAAACUCAAGUAUCACUGCAGAGAGACCUCCCAGUGGGAGGAGCUAUUGUUGCAAUAAGGGCAGUAUCCCUCACUGGUUCCCAAUAAUGAACAGUGCUAACUGUGUUCAGUGGGAGCAGAUAGGAAGCACUAACUCCUGGACUGACCCUGGGUUUAUGUGUGAAUGUGCUCUCCUAUUUCCACCUGUGCAUCCAAAUCAGUGUGUCACCUAAACUUCAGUAACAGACUCUGAUGUUCACAUUGAAUUGGUUUAAAUGUACUUAUACAGUGUUGUUGUUAGGCGAAAUUGACCUCUGCGAAAUGGCUAGCUUUCUAGUCUUGAAGCUAAGUCUAUAAGCUAGCUGUCCUCUGGUACAAGCUCAUUAUGUGUGCUGACAUGGAAGAGAUAUCAUUUUCUUCUCCAGCCCUUGAAAGAAUAUGAAAACAUGAAUUCCCUUAAUUGCUGAAGAUCUUUACAAUCCAACAUUUCUCUUUUUUCUCUACAUGUCAAACAAACUUUUACGUGGCCUGUUAUUUUUCUAUUAUCUUACAUUUUAGUACCAACGCAUAUUUCCUUUACUCGUGUCUUUUGUUGGGUUUAGUCGCUACUGUAUCUUGAGUCCUUGAAGAAUUAAAACACAAAUUAUCUCUCCUGUUUGAUGAAAUGAAUGACAAGAAUGUCCAGACAAGUUUGUCUGAAUCUUACAGCUUUGAAAGACUAGCUUUGUCCAGCCAAGUAAUCCUCUAGCCUUCGUCUCUUUGCCCCUUCACGUCAUUUUGCCUUCACUGACUGCUGUCCAGCUGGAAAAAAAUAAAUACUUGAUUAAUAAAUUGUGCCUCCUGCGGGAGUUAGAUUUAUUUAAGUGCAUUGAUGCACAAGAGGAUAUCAGUGAGGAGAAAUGUGUUGAAGUGGGAGAAAAAACAGUUUUUACCUCUUUCCUGCUGUCAUUGUCUAGUUCUUGAUUUCUUUUGGCCUCGUUGUCUUUUUCUCAUGUGGACAUGAAUUAGUCUGGAAUAUGCAAAAUGCUCUGAUCACUGUGUGCAGUGAUCAGAUCCUUCAGCAUGUAGAGAGUUAGUAGAUCCUGAGGAUACUUAUGUUGCCCGGGCACAAACAAAGGGCCUUAUUUCCCGCUCACUGUAUAAAGAUUUGAUAGCUGUGUAUGAAAGUAACAUGUAUUAAUGGUAAUUUAAGCUUUUUUUAUCAGACAUUAAGAAAAACACAGCAUGGAAAUAAAAAAAACUCAUUUAUACAUAGUUGAUAGUUUGUGUAGACCAAGAAGAAAAAAAAACAAUAGUAUUUAAAUCAUUUGUAUACAAUGAUGGAGUCAUUGUUAAUGGUAAUAGUUGCUGUUGCUAUGGCAACAAAAUGACAACAUGGCUACCUUUCUAUUAUCCUAAUUGUGAAUUUUUUCACAUUCAUGAAAUGACAUACAACACUAACUUAUUGAAAAGGGAAUGUCUAAUUAGUUUGUCUUGUUAUUGGGACGUGAUCAAUAUUUUAUAUGAAAACUGAAAUCCUUGAUAUAUAUCCAAAGGUCCUUAGGGGAGAUCAGGUGUUUAUUUUGUUUUGUUUAUUUGACCUUCCUUGUUUUCUCUUCUUGUACAUGGUGUUUUUGAGCAUUAAGAAUGGACUCUGGCUUUUAAAGCCAACACCUAUCUGUCAGGGAGGUAAAGAGGCUUUUGGACUGUAGAAAGAGCUUCAUCUUUGUUUCUUAAAUACCUUACAUAUUAACCGUCUCUCCCCUCCUGCAGACCGGACUCGCUCAGUGUCCUGUGUGUGGAGGUGUGUGAGCUUUCAUUAGUGAGAUCUGUUUCAGUUUGGGCCAAGAAGGUGGUCCAGAGGCCUCUUUGUGCCCAGCUGUGCUGGGUGAUGUCGAACCUUGCUGAGGUGUAUACGAAUGUGUAACGUUCACCUUGUUUGCACUUAUGUACAUAACUAUGUUAAAAAUACUCAAAAUUUAUUUUGAAUAAAUAUAGAUAAAAGAGUUGAUGAAAAUCAAAUCAAUGUAUUGUUAAUUAUAUGAGUAUGUCUAUCAUUUUAUUACAGCAUAAAUAUAAUGCUUUGUCCUUUUGUUUGUUUGCAAAAACCCUGUUCUUUGCCGACCACGUCUUUGCCUAGCUCUGAACCAAGGAUGCUGAGAAAGCUUUGUUCUGUUUGUUGACUUGAAAACUUUGGCACAGUGAUAUGUCAAACAAGAGAGGAGGAUUUGAGGAGAUAGUCAAUCAAGAGUGUUAAAUAAACUACUGCUAACAUUCAACUUAUAUCUGCAUUAUGAAUAUAUAUCAAUGCAGCUGCAGUCUCUUCAGUGAUACACCAUGAAGGAUAAAUAAACAUGGCGGCUGAAAAAAGCCAGAGAGAAAGAGGAGGAUUUGUAAAUGAAACUAUUGAGGUUCAUAGAUAUGAAAGUUUUUCACAGGGUUUCAUUUCACUUUAAUUUUGCAUUUUUUUUAAGUGAGUUAUUCUUUGCUCCCUGUUGUCACUGUUGUCAUUAUCACAAAACAACAAUAAAUCUGAAUUCUCCUCAGGAUUUAAGGCAAAACUACAAACCACCUGGUUUAUCUGAUGUGACUCUUGGGUUCAACAUCUUUACACAGCUCUGUUUCUGGACAUUCUGUAUAAUGCUCUUCAGUUCCUGUUUAAGCCAGCGAUUUUGUUGCCAUGGCACUUGUCCUAGUGGUGGAUGGACUGAGUCAUGCUGGUGAAGAAGUUCACAGCCCUCUGACUCCACAUGAGGGGAAAUGUACAUGAGGAGAGCGCUUAUAAAACUACGAGUUCCCAGUCACCAACAAGUGAAUAUGACUGUGAUUUCAUUUGAAGAUUUAUCAGUUCUUAUCUUUAGUUUAAAAUCAAUUAGUUGUAAUUGUGCCUUUAUCAUGCAAGGUGUGGUUUUACUUUCAUAUUCUGCAUUUAAAUUAACUUAAAGGGCACUUGUAUUGUGUGUCUAACAUAUCAUUCUAUGAUAAAAACUUUGUUGGUGAAUUGAUAUUAAACUGGGUAAAUUCUCAGACUGAAUGGCAGCCUGUGGAAGAUGAUGAGGGCCAAAGACUGUUCAGGACUAAGCCAUAUGAAAAUCUCUCCCUGACACUCUAGGAAAGACUUAAAGUGACUGCUGUCAUCUAUCCUUUCACUUGCUGUUUUCUGCUUGUGGUGCUUGUAUGUGCUGCUGUGCUACAUGCCAAUUUAUUUUGCUGUGUAUAGCUAUUAAGAGUAAGUUACUGUGCCUAUGAUGAUUUCUGCAAUUUCUGUUUGACCUUUAAUAAACACUUAACUGUGAUGCUC